GACGCGAGCUGCAGCAAUCGCAUCGUAUUUCAUCUGGCUUUAAUUUCGCUGGGAAAUUGACCCCGACAGACGUUACAUCCAGGCCACCAGCCACCAGCAGCAGCCAAACAAUCGAAUAUCGUGCAGCUUGGCGUUGCAACCUCGGGGGCGCGAUUGUUGAGAACAGGGCGGUUCUCCAUGCAGACUAAGUGCAGCUAACUGAGUCCCAGGCUGAGAUUCGCCUGGAAUGCUUUGUCUCACUCCACUCUGCCAGGGAUCCGGCCGAUCCCUUCCAGCUCCCGUUAACGCCCUCUGCAAUAGGAAGGUCAAUAAGCACCAAAACAUGCCAGACCGUGCGGAGAUGUGCCCUGGUUAUCUGCGGCCCAGAUUACACCAUCCCCUCACCCUAUAAAUAAGGCCCCCUUGGCCUUGGUUUGUCUGCUGCGCGAUCACCGGCUUCACAAUGGCUGCUUUCAGGUGGCUUUCGCUUGCAGCUGCAGCUUCGGCUGUGCUGGCUCUGACUCCAGAGCAGCUGAUCAGUGCUCCCCGCCGAUCUGAGGCUAUCCCCAACCCCUCCGGAACUGUCGCAAUCUUCUCCAGCUCGCAGUACUCGUUCGAUAGCCACGAGACCAGUUCCUCGUGGAGCUUGCUCGACAUUAAAUCAGGCAAAAUCCGCCCCCUCACCAACAGCAGCGAUGUCUCGGAGGUGGUCUGGUUGACUGACUCAACGGUCCUAUACGUCAAUGGCUCCAAUGCCAACAUCCCUGGUGGUUCUGAGCUCUGGGUGUCGGAGGUUUCCAAGUUUGGCUCAGGAUACAAGGCCGCCUCGCUGCCAGCUGCAUUCUCUGGCCUGAAAAUCGCGACCACUGAAUCAGGAGACGUCAACUUCGUCGCCUACGCCAAGUCAUAUCCCAAUGGCACUGCGUACAACGAGGAGCUCGCUGCCACUGCUCUCAGCAGCGCCCGCAUCUACGACAGCAUCUACGUGCGCCAUUGGGACUACUAUCUCGAUACCACCUUCAAUGCGGUCUUCUCCGGAAAGCUCAGACGAAGCCAGCACACGCGCUACGUCUCUGCCGGAGGAUUGAAGAACCUCGUCUCCCCGGUCAAGAACGCCGAGUCCCCGUAUCCCCCCUUCGGCGGCGCUUCCGACUAUGACAUCUCCUCUGACGGCAAAUGGGUCGCAUACAAGAGCAAGGCUCCUGAUGUCCCGCAAGCCAACUACACUACGGCCUAUAUCUACCUCGUUCCUCACGAUGGCUCCGAGACUGCUGCUCCCAUCAACGGACCGGACAAUGCCCCCAAGGGCAUCGCAGGAGACUCCAACAACCCUGCCUUCUCACCCAACGGCAAAAGCCUGGCCUACUUCCAGAUGGAAGAGGAUACCUACGAGGCCGACCGCCGCGUGAUAUACGUCUACGACCUCGCAUCCAAGGAGAUCACCGCCCUCGCAACAGGCUGGGACAGCUCCCCCGACUCCCUCAAAUGGAUCGACGACCGAACCAUCGUAGCCGGCUCCGAAGACCAGGGCAGCGGCAACCUCUUCCUAGUCCCCGUCGAGAAAGCAACAAGCGACGACUUCAUCCCGGAGAAACUCACCAAGGGCAAGUUUGCCUCGGCCUACUAUCUCCUCCCCAACAAGACCCUCCUCGUCACCGGCUCGACCCUGUACUCCAGCUGGUACGUCGACACCGUCAGCCUAGACCCCAAGAAGGGUGUGCUCAAGACCCUCGCCUCCGCGCACGAAAUCGACCCCGAGCUCAGCGGUCUCGGGCCCAAGGAUAUCGACGAUAUCUGGUACACCGGCAACUGGACUGACAUCCACGCCUGGGUCAUCUACCCUGAAGGCUUCGACAAGAGCAAGAAAUACCCGCUCGCAUACCUCAUCCACGGCGGCCCACAAGGCGCCUGGUAUAACUCGUGGAGCACGCGCUGGAAUCCCAAGGUCUUCGCGGACCAGGGCUACGUCGUCGUCGCGCCCAACCCAACCGGCUCCACGGGAUACGGCGAUGAACUCACCGACGCUAUCCAGAAUAACUGGGGCGGCGCACCAUACGAAGACCUCGUCAAAGGCUGGGAAUACAUCCGCGAUGAACUCCCCUACAUCGACACCGAGAACGGUGUCGCCGCAGGCGCGUCUUACGGCGGGUUCAUGGUAAACUGGAUCCAAGGCAGCGACCUCGGCCGGAAAUUCAAAGCGCUGGUCACACACGACGGGACAUUUGUCGCGGACGCAAAGAUCUCCACGGAGGAACUGUGGUUCAUGCAGCGCGAGUUCAAUGGGACGUUCUGGGAUGCGAGGGAGAAUUACCGCCGGUUUGACCCGAGCAGCCCCGAGAGGAUCCUGCGCUUUGAUACGCCGCAUCUCGUUAUCCAUAAUGAUUUGGAUUAUCGGUUGCCUGUGGCGGAGGGGUUGUCGUUGUUUAAUGUGCUCCAGGAGAGGGGGGUGCCGAGUCGGUUUUUGAACUUUCCGGAUGAGAAUCAUUGGGUUACGAAUCCGGAGAACAGUCUUGUCUGGCACCAGCAGGUGCUUGGCUGGUUGAACAAGUACUCUGGCGUUGGAGAGAGUAACGAGGAUGCUAUCAGUUUGGAGGAUACCGCUGUGUCGGUCGUUGAUAUCAACCCGCCUGCGUGAUGCCGUACAUAUAUAGUACACAGUGCUAGUAAUCCAUAUGAUGUCAGGGACACCAAAAUAAAGUGUAGACUCCGUGACCUAACAGCAUAAAUAUGACCUUGGUCGGCCGAGAUGUGUCACUAUUAUUUCUGUAUUUAUUAGAAACUGUAUCCCGUUGUUCGGCACUCUUACCAUAGAAUUCAUGUUCCGCCAG